UUGCGCUUUCUGGCUUUCUAGCUUUUACUUCAGGAUGGAUGAUACGGGGAAAGUUGAGGAAGGAAAGGGCACGCCUGCAGUAUCGUCCUCUGGCGAGAACACGCCGUCGCAGGAGAAGAAUGUAGCCCCGGACUUCAAUGAGCAGACGAACUAUGUCCCGGUCAAGACUAUCAUCACCAUAUUCCUCGCAUGUGCGAGCGUCGACCUGCUCGCACUGAUGGACCAGACUACGCUCGCCGCCAGCUUGACCAUCGUCAGUCGCGAUCUGGGGGCCAGCUCCGAGAGCGCAUGGAUAGCAGGCGCAUACUUCUUGACUUCAACAUCUUUCCAGCUCCUCUACGGCCGCCUCUCUGACAUCUGGUCCCGCAAACUCAUCCUACUAAUUGGAAUCGGUAUCUUCUUCUUCGGCUCGCUCGCAGCUUCUCUGGCGCAAAGCGCUAUGCAGUUGAUUAUCUUCCGUGCUUUCAUGGGCGUGGGAGGCGGUGGGUUGAUGACGGUGGCGCAGAUGAUUGUUAGUGAUAUCGUCCCAUUGAGGGAGAGAGGGAAGUAUCAGGGUAUUUUGGGAUCGGUCGUGGCGCUCGCGAAUGGAAUUGGUCCAGUUAUUGGCGGCGCUUUAGCUUCUCAGACGAAGGACGGAUGGCGGUGGAUUUUUCGCCUGAAUUUGUUCGUCACGGCUUUGACUACUGGCUGCGUCUGCUUUUUCAUGCCGUUGAGAAAGGUUUAUGGAGACUGGAGAAAAAAAAUUGCGGCUAUUGAUUUCUUCGGCGUCUUCCUCGCGUUGGGCGGUUCUACCCUCCUCGUGCUCUCUUUAACAUGGGCAGGGGGCCAGUAUCCCUGGGGCUCUGCUCAUGUGAUCGCCUCGUUGGUCGUAGGAGUCUUCGUUUCGCUCGGAUUCGUCGUUUGGCAGUGGAAAGGAACGUCGAUCCCUUUGGUACCCAUGCACAUCUUCAAGAUACGGCUUGUCAACGGUGCAAUGCUCACCAUGUUCAUCAACGGUUGGAAUUUCCUCGUCCAGGUUUACUAUAUUCCGUCGUUCUACCAGCUCAUUUACGGGUAUUCUGCGGUCAAGGCUGGGUCUUUACUGCUGCCGAUCACCUUGAUGCAAACUCUUACGAGCACGCUCUCAGGCUUAGUCGUUCACUGGACGGGAAGAUACCGAGAAAGCAUUCUCGCAGGUUGGAUCGCCUGGGCUGUUGGCCUCGGUCUCUUUUCCACGCUCGAUAGUAGCUCAGGGUUGGGAAAGCAGAUCGGCUACGCACUUCUGACUGGUUUCGGAGUCGGCCAGACCCUGCAACCGUCUUUGAUAGCAGUCCAAGCCGGCGUUGAACGGAAGAACAUGGCUGUCGUGACUUCCGUCCGCAACUUCAUCCGCAAUCUCGGCGGCACGCUAGGCCUAGCAAUCUCCGGGACCGUGAUUAACAACGCAGUCCGCACGGCUCUGCUCCCCUCCGGUCUCUCGCUAUCAGAGAUCCAGCUCCUGCUUAACUCGCCCGAGACCUUUCGCGACCGUGUUGGCGAGUCUCGCUUCGAGGGUAUCCGCGACGUGCUGGAAGAAGCGUACAAGAACGGCUUCCGGAUUGUUUUUAUCAUUGGUGCAGCAUUGGCUGCGUUUGCGUUCGUGGCGGCGUGGUAUACGAUGCCACAGGUUGAGUUGAAGAGGGAAGAUGAUGAGAAGUUGAAGGAGGAGGGGAAGGCGAGGGCGAAAGGAGCUAAGGGAGAUGGCCAGGCGUGACUGCUGAGCUAGCCGUAUGAAUUCGCUAUUUCUUUCAGACCUGCUGCCGCGAACCUCACUCCCAUGCAUUGAACACCACCUAGAACGCAGAAGUAUAGAAAGGACCAUAGAUUUGUACAACCUCCCGAUAAUCCGGCCAGGAAGAAUCCCAAAUGAAUAAGAAGUCAACAACAACCC